AUGUCGAAUUCUACAGCUCAAGACAAGGUCAACGCCGAACAACCCCCACAGCAACAGAAGCCUCAGGUCCUGGAAGAGGACGACGAGUUCGAGGAUUUCCCCGUUGAAGAUUGGAGCCAGGAGGAAGCAGAGCAGUCCGCCGCUAACGGCGGCAACGAGCACCUGUGGGAAGAGAGCUGGGAUGACGAUGAUGCCGCAGAGGACUUCUCAAAGCAGCUGAAAGAAGAAUUGAAGAAAGUCGAAGCAUCGAGCUAG